AUGUUUCGACGGCCACGCGAAACCCAGCCUGACCCCAUUACCUCCGAAAUCGGCGAGAUACUUGCACCUCUGGAUAUCUUUCCAUGGGGCCCGCUUGCAAUGAACUACUUGGGCGUUCCCAUUGUAUUUGGUACUGCCAUGAUUGCUGUCCACGACAAGGAUUACGAGACAGUAUGCGAGAUGCUAACGGACUCUGGUUUCCAUGUCACGGUGCCUGACCGUAGGCCUGCCCCCGAGUUAUUGGCAAGGCUCCCAGAUCCAGACAAGGUCAUGAAGAAGGUGAACAAAAAAUAUGAACGUCUAGAUAAAUCUACCACACACUUCGACUAUCCAAUCAACUAUCACCUAGCAGGGCGUCUCAAGCUGAUUGUGGUCCCAAAUUCCUUUGCAAAUCUCCCCACACCAGAUGUGGCUGGCGAGUCGAACCUGGAUCCCACCCCUUCCAAACAAUACGACGUUUACGGCAACAUAUUUCAUCCACUGGAAGAGGCGUUGGUUGAAAGUAUGGCUAAGGGUGUUGUAAAUGAUGAGGAUGACGAAAAUGCCCCUACUUCAAUUUGGGGAGAUACACUAAGUACCUGGAUAGCUAUGAUGGUGUCAUACCUCGAGGUCGACAAUGACAUUUUUGAUAACUGCCCGGACGAACGAGCUGUGAAUUGGUUCAGUGUGCAGUAUGGUCGGAUACACGAAGAAAAGUUCGGCCCCUGGGACAGACGUGUCUCAAAACGACUGGGUUCAGGAAGGGAAACGCUGGUAGAUAUGAGGGGCAACCCGUUGCCUGAAUGA